UUGUGUAUUUUACACACACACACACACACACACACACUGCUGUUAUAUUCCAGUCAGUAUAUUGUGUAUUACACACACACACACACACACACACACACACACACACACACAGAUGUUAUUCCAGUCAGUAUAUUGUGUAUUACACACACACACACACUGCUGUUAUAUUCCAGUCAGUAUAUUGUGUAUUACACACACACACAUUGAUGUUAUAUUCCAGUCAGUAUAUUGUGUAUUACACACACACACACACACAUAUUGCUGUUUGUAGCGGAUGGCACUGGGCUGUCCUGAGAUAUUACAUGUAUUUGAAUGCAUUUGUGUAAAGUAACUAAGUUCUAUGUGUUAAAUAUAUUGUAUUCGUCUGAAUGUAAGUAGUUUCAUUCCCUUAGUUUGUUCGAAUGAAACUACCCAACAGUCAGACCUCCCCUGUGUGAAGUGUGCCUUCAAUUACCCGUUGCAACAUUGUUGCGAACGGGUAAUUGACAAGCUGAGUAGCCGUCCUUUGUUCUCGGGGGUGGCCGCCAUUCGGAAACGAAACGAAACCAUUUUAAAACUCCCGAAUAGCGGUGUUUUGCCGUCGAGUGUCUGGAACUCAAAUCGGACACUCGACUAGGCGAACACCGCUGAAACCUCCACAAGCCCGGUCCGUUCGGUUCCAAACUACCGAACGGCCCCUCGUUCGGUAGAUAGAAAGAACCGAACGAGGGGAUUCAGGCGAACCCUCCCUAUUCUCUGUAGCUAGAGGCUUUCGUGACGUUUAUUCCCUGACUCCAGGACCGACCGCAGGGCCCAUUCACAUGGAACCCCAUUCGGCUGUUCUCUCCAGUGCGGUCGGUCAUUUUAUUCCCUCCAUGAAUUUCCCGAACCCCUGGUCUGAUCUGGGUGAUUUUUGGAUAUGUUGUUCACCCAGAUCAGGGCUUCCAGGGGUUGUAUGAUUUAAAGUGGUACCCCUAAGUUUAGGGGUACAUCCAGAAACGGCGGGAAUUGGUGUGCUGGAUAAGGGGAUUAUGAUGCAGGCUGAGGGGAGGAGAUGUGUGGGAGGUUACCAGAGCAGGAUUGGCUACUGUACUAAUGAAUGAAAAUCCCUCCCUUGCAUGGGAGCAGGCUUUAAAAGGCCACUGUCUGAAUAAACCUUUAGUUCUGCUCCUGAAACUGUGUGUCGUCCAGUUAUUGGGAUUGCUGUUGGGAUACUGCUGUUAUUUUGCCUGCUGGAUACUUUACCCUAUGGAUUUAUAAUUGCUUGUUCCUGAACCUCCCUGGGAUCCAAAGUGGAGAUAGGCUGUGUAAUACCAGCUCUCUCCGCUACACUGUUAUAUUCCAGUCAGUAUAUUGUGUAUUACACACACACAUUGCUGUUAUAUUCCAGUCAGUGUAUUACACACACACACACAUUGCUGUUAUAUUCCAGUCAGCGUAUUGUGUAUUACACACACAUUGCUGUUAUAUUCCAGUCAGUGUAUUGUGUAUUACACACACACACAUUGCUGUUAUAUUCCAGUCAGUGUAUUGUGUAUUACACACACACAUUGCUGUUAUAUUCCAGUGUAUUGUGUAUUACACACACACACAUUGCUGUUAUAUUCCAGUCAGUAUAUUGUGUAUUACACACAUAUUGCUGUUAUAUUCCUCUCAGUAUAUUGUGUAUUACACACACACACAUUGCUGUUAUAUUCCUCUCAGUAUAUUGUGUAUUACACACACACACACACUGCUGUUAUAUUCCUGUCAGUAUAUUGUGUAUUACACACACACACACUGCUGUUAUAUUCCAGUCAGUAUAUUGUGUAUUACACACAUAUUGCUGUUAUAUUCCUCUCAGUAUAUUGUGUAUUACACACACACACAUUGCUGUUAUAUUCCUCUCAGUAUAUUGUGUAUUACACACACACACAUUGCUGUUAUAUUCCUCUCAGUAUAUUGUGUAUUACACACACACACACACUGCUGUUAUAUUCCUGUCAGUAUAUUGUGUAUUACACACACACACUGCUGUUAUAUUCCUGUCAGUAUAUUGUGUAUUACACACACACACUGCUGUUAUAUUCCUGUCAGUGUAUUACACACACACACACACACACACACACACACACUGCUGUUAUAUUCCUGUCAGUAUAUUUUGUAUUACACACACACACACAUUGCUGUUAUAUGCCUGUAAGUAUAAUGUGUAUUAAUACAAUAAAGCUCUCUCUGUGGCUGAAUGUGUAGUUUUCCUGCAAUCUAUCAGUCAAUAAAUCAUUUUUUGUGUAUUAAUUUCCCUUAGUAUUUCACCGGUCAGCCAUUACUGUGAGAAUGUUACACACCUGCUGAUGGUGCCUGUCAUUGGGUCAUGUUUAGUUAUAUAAUGACCACCUGCAACACUGUAAAACGUGUUUUGGGGCAAAAUAAGUGGGUUUGUGUUGAUUCAUGCAUUGUCUACUUCACAUGAUAUCCGACAGCAUGCAUAGGCAACCUUUGGCACUCCAGAUGUUUCAGAUUACACCAUUUGAUUAACAAAGGAGGAGACAGAAACAUUAGCCGACAACAUUCAGAAAGGAGGCUUCAUUGCAGAUGAAGUUUGGAUAGCCAUUGUGACCAGAUGCAGGCUGACAAAUGUCCGGUGGGCCACAAUGGCUGACACAGUAGAUUAACACACACUGCAACCCUCACACACACAUACUGCGUUGAGGGGUACAGUGUAUGUGUAAGGGUGGGUACGCAUGCUGUGUGGUGGGGGGGUGGUAAAGAUACAUUUAAAAAAUAUUAAAUCUGUAUCCCCCCUCCCGUCUUCUUACCUUUGGUAAAUAAGGGGUGGACACAGCCAGCCCUGGUGGUCUGGUGAUGGUACGUAUAUGUCUGUGAAGCAGCUCUCCUGUCCUCCCGCGCGAUGCUGUGUGGAGCGUUGCCAUGUUGGUGCUUGGCAAUGCGACACUGAUUGCUCGUGGGAAGACAGGAGAGCUGCUUCCUAGAUCCCUCCCCCUGCUUCCGGUCCUCCCGACAAGAAAGCAGAGUAGGCGCCUGCCAUUCUGGGCAGGCAUGUGCCUACUCUACAUUGCUGCAGACAGGGGCCCCUCACCCUGGCGACCUAUGGCCACAUGCCCACAGAGGGCCCGGCGUGCCACCGGUACGCAAUCACUGCGCUAGAUCCUCUACACACACAAUAUCCCUGACACAGAGUAAAUGCCAUAUACACCUCAUGCAUACACUAGAUUCCCUACACGCAUGCCUACACUCACUACAUCCCCUGUACACAUACACUACAGCCACUCUGCACACUCUCGCUACAUCCCCCACGGGAAGAAAAUUAUUUCAGUAUUGUAUCUAUUUUAAGCCAAAAGUUCAUGGCGGCACACUUCCACCACAUGUGGAACAAAGUACUCAUGGCUGACUUGCAGGUCCAACAGUUACCAUCCAAGCUAGGGUCUAUUGGGUGCAGAAUCUGCGGUGGGAUGUGCUGUAAGGAGAGCAAUGUCUACCAGAGACUAAACCGUGCUGGAUCUAAUCUUCUAUUUUGUACCAUUUAUAUAUUUCUCCUGUGAACAUUUCCCCAUAUUUCAAUAAAGCAGAGAUAAGGAGCUGUGGGUGUUGUGACUAAAGCAAGGUAAAUCAAUGCAGUCCAUGGUCAAGUAGGGUCAGAUUAUUACACAUAAUCUCAAAAGUAGUAAGGUUUCUGGAAUGCAAGUGCUUUGUGGGAUGCUAGCAAUAGAACGCUGGAAUUGUGAAAAGGGAUGUCCCUGCCGCAGAACAGGAUUUUCAGGGCUUUCAUCUACAUUAAGAAAACAUGUUGGACUUGCAGUAUAGAGAAGGCCACCAGUAGGUACCAUGCUGACCUUGGCAGUGUCCUCUAGAUCAGGGCAAGAAGUGGGAAUGUAAAAGAGGUGCACUCCUGUUUUUAUGUGGUAGGAUGCCAAAUUUGUAAUGUAGCAUUUGGUAGCCUGUCACAAGAGAAUUGGUAACAAUUAUUCCUCUAAUUUGCAUCUCAUAAUAAUGUACCAACAGCUACAGCAAUGAGGGUGGGCAAGGUUUCCUAACUUUUUGUAUGAGCACUAUUCCUUGUUAACAUAUUUAAUACGGUGUUGAAACAAGUUUGUGUUUAAUGCAUGGAUAGUGUGACAGAAGUAUGAUUUCUAUAUAUUCCCACUUUGCCAGUUAGUACAUGCUGUCAUGAGACUCUGUCUAGCUCCAUGCAAACGAAUAGUUGCCUAAGAAGCUGGAAGUGGGGUUCACCCAGUCAUAUGGGACAUCACCUUGGCAAACUGUGAACGCACUUUCUAACCUAGUCCGCAUGGGUUAAAUUAAUUGCAUCAAGGUUUUUCUACCCAACUUGGCAGCCACAACUUGAGACCUAUUAUUAGAGCACCUCCUAUACAGUUUUAUUGCCAUAAUUUCUCCUUCCCUUCCAACAACUCCACCUUUCACACAGUUCGUUUAAAUCAUUUUCUUCAAAUCCAUCACUCCCAUCUGACAGGUUCCAUUUUAGCUUCUGUCAAGGACAGAAUGGUGAUGCAGAUAAAGUUCUCAAAUGUUUGUAUUGAGAGCAAGCAGACAAGCCUUGUGAUUCCAGUCCUUGUAAAUAGUAAUAAUAAUUUCUCAGCACUCUGUUAAAAUAUAAUGGUUUAUUGUGUCACCAAACUGUGAAAAGCAACAUUUUGUCACUUCACGGUGUUUAUAUUGAGCCAUGAUGUGUAAAUGAAGUGUUAAUGUGAAGUUUGUAAACAUAUACGGAUGAACACAACACAUGAUACCAAAGAAACAAUAAAUCUGCUAUGAGAGGUUAGUCACUUUACAUCUAGAAAAGAAUACCUCACAGGGCUUAACCCUUCAAUUGUCUACAAAUGAACAAUACACUUAAUACUAACUCCAUCAAAUGGGUGAUACCUUAGUGUUCCACUUAAACUAACAGUCUAGUCUUGCUGCUCACAAGUCUUCAAGUGACCGAAAUAUAAUGUGCUUAACAAAAUGCUACUGGAAUGCUCUACAAGUAAUCAUUCACAUUUUUGGCACCUCACAACCUCAUUUUCUGCAGUUAUUUGUAAUGAUAUGAUAUUGUGUAAAAACAAUUUAUUUUUAUUUUUUUACCUUACACACAAAUGUAAAUUUACACAAUUAUCAGAAUUAAGAUAUGAGAACUAAAAACAUUGAAAACAUUUGCCUACUCAGAUCUUAUUAUACCUAUAUUUACCAUCUAGAAAUUACCAAUAUAGUGUGCAAAAUUAUAUCUAGCUUUACAGGCUUACAAAAAAUAUUUCCAAAAAUAUCCGAAUAAACUUUUAAACUUCCUCAAAUAAGUACUUUUUAGUACAGUUUAUCAGACAUUCUAAUACUGUCAUAGGGAUACUGUAAAAACAAAUGUUUGACCAAUAGAGCAAUGGAAAGGGUGGGUUUAUGAAGCAAAACUAGUAAUAGUUAACAUAAACAAACAGACAAAACCUGAAGAAGUACUCCUCUAGAUCUAACCUUUUCACUUUGGUUUGGGUCACGUUUGGAUACUGCAGAAAUGUUAAAGGAACUCUCCAAGCACCAUACAGUGGUCUGGAGUGGUUAUGGUUCCAGGAGUGCCUUGGCUCCCUCCCAGAUUAAGUACUCAAGCAUUUUGAGAGCUUACUUUGGUCUGCUGGUCGUGUCCUGUGCCCCUGAAGAUUCUACAUUGAGCUUAGCCCAGCUGUGCAAGGUUUAGCGCAUUGUCUGAAACUGCUCAGCUUUCAGCCAAUGAGCUGACCCUGCAUGGCAGAGCUUUGCUCAGUGGAGUUAAUGGAAGCAAGCCCAUAACAAGAGCUUCAGGUUCCAUGGGAGGAGGUGCCCAACAGACUAGGUAAGUUUGCCAAACCAUUCUCAAACCACUUGGCUACUUAUCCUGGAAAGGUGCCAGAGUAUGAAAAGCUUUGUUUUCGCCUACUGGACAUAUAACUGUUUUGAGAUUAAAGUUGCACAUUGUGCCUCUGGGGUACAUUUAAUAACCUUGUUAACUAAAGUGAGAAUUGUCCGAAAUUUCAAGUGAAAUUCAAAUUUAAGGCCUAAAUAGCAAAACUGAAUAAAAAUCUGUUAGCUGUGCAGCCAGUUCAGCUAUUUUGGUUUAAAUUUGAGAUUGACUUUGAAUGCCUGACAAUUUCCACUUGGUGAAUAACCCUGUGAGGCUCUUAAUUGUAGUUUCAACAUCUCUUCAUAUGGGCACUAGUGGCUGUUUUGUUGUUUUGCAAUUUGUUAGCAUUCUCUUUUCACAAAUGCUUUCAUAUCCAGUUACUUGAAAAUAUAUAUAUAUAUUUUUUAAUCAACAGGGUGACUUGGGUCCUUUUAAUCCUGGCUUACCUGUUGAGGUUCCACUUUGGCUGGCCAUCAACCUCAAGCAGAGGCAAAAAUGUCGUAUUGUUCCUCCGGUGUGGAUGGAUGUUGGUAAGGAUCUGAGAUUUAUUGAUUCCAGCACCCCCCAUAGACCUUGCAAAUGCAUUACCACUAACCCAUGAGAGUUUAUUGGAUCCUGUGAGGUAUAAUUAAUUGUGGAUGCAUACUGCACAUAGCUGUCUGGUAUAAGGGAAGAUGGCAGUAAUUUUCAUGGGUUCCUGGAACCUCCAAGCCCAAAGUCACUGCCAACCCACUCAGUGCUCUAAGAUAGAUGGCCUCAGGAGGUAAAAUCACCACCAUAGGAUUUAUUGGUGAUUAUGUAAUUCAGACUUCUCAUUAAUUACAUCUAUAUGGGAAGAAAAAACACAAAAACAAAUGAACAGUCCAAGAGCCUAUAGCUAUAAUAUUGUAUAGGGGAGAAAAAUAAAACCAUAAAAGAAAUGCCUAGAACGCGGAUUUUAGAUUUAUAAGUCCCACCAACGCACAUAAAAGUAUUUGUAUAUGCCAAUAAAGAAUCCAAAUCUAGACAAAUUUUAUAUAAGCGACAGACCUAAAACAAAAAACAAAAAACAGACUUGUAUAGUACAAAAUGAUAGAGGUAAUUGCAGUGAUGGUGUACUAGAGACCACUCACAUGGUCUCUAUAAUAUAUAACAUUAUGUAUAAUAUAACAUCAAAACAGCCCAAAUUGCAAUAUAGUGUAAAGAAAAUGAAGGCCAUAAUAUAUUAGAGAAUGCACACUCAGAAGACACUUAACCAUCCUGAAUCAGGUUAGCAAUUCUUAUUGGUAUGAUCCCUUUGUAUGUUAAAUGCUAAGGUAGGGUCCAAGUUACUACCAUGUAGAUAGCAGCGUGAAAGACAAAUGAGCACAAAGCCAAAUAGUGCAAAAGGUUAGAAAUAAAUGGAACAAUAAUGUAGUAUGGAAUGCACAUGGCUGUCAGCUGUCCUGGCUUAGGAUAGAUGGUGAAAGUCUUACAAACUCUAGCCAUUAUGUGGAACUGAUGAAAUGGAAAAACAAACAAACCAUAAACAAACCUGUCAUGUCAGGAGCAACACCAUACAAAAAAAGAAGUAUUCAUAUAAACCAGAAUAAUUAAAAUGCUAUUUAUAGAGUGUUUUAGCACUUUUCUUCUUUAUCAUAGUGCCCCGAGUGGAUGUAGCAUAGAACCUGUGUGGCACCACAUCCAUGCCUACUGCACAAAACAUGACCACAAUGCAGCAUCUUAGAAAGUGGGGGAAUCAGGGGCAAAACUAAAUUGAUUGGAGUUGUGUGAUAUACUUUACUGAAUAUCAAAAUUCUGUGUCUACUUAAAUCUGUGUUUAAUUAGAUAACAAAAACCCAAACAACUUUACAGUUCCUUCAAUGUUUGGGCAGCAGCAAAAAUGCAAAAAAAGUGAUCUUCACAGUGGCUUCUUUUUGCUGUUAUCAUUCUGUUGUAGAUUGUGGCUAGGGGGGAUGCCCAUUGCAUUGUGGUUCUGGCUCCAUCUAGUGGAGGUUUGUGGCUCAUAUUUUGUGUAAUAUGCAGUGACCCAUACAGUGCACUCAUAAUACUGUAUUUUAUUAUAAGACCAAAAGUAAACAGGUAAUUGUGUUUUGUAAUGUAAUCAUCUCCUUUUGUUUGUAGAGAAGCUGGAGGCAAUUCGAGAUGAAGAGCGCAAGGAGGCUACUUUCACCCCAAUGCCAAGCCCGCACUACAUGGAAGUAACGAAGCUGCUGCUAAACCAGUAAGUAAAUAAUUGACGUGACCUUUUGCAUUGUGUAUAACCAGCUCCACUUUUUUAGUCUGCACUAUCACUGACACCAUGUCCCUGUGUAGCUACACACUAAUGUCUGUGCCUUGCAGUGGUUCAUGAGAGAUUUCCAUCAUCUGUGCUUAGUGGUGGAUUCUUCUGUUUGUGCUUAGCAAUGCUUUGGAACGGUAUGGUUUAUUGCCUGGCGUUUGGAUACAUAUUAGUUAAACUUGCCAAAAUGAUUGUGCAGCUUUGCCUUAUGGAGUCUCAUGUUGCUUGAAACAAGGCAUGUCUGCCGUUGCUUGAACAUUUUUCUGCUUGUGUCAGGCUUCUUACCUGACAUCUUUACACCUGUUUUCUCAUCACAGCGCUUCCGACAAUAUUCCCAAAGCAGAUGAGAUCCGCACACUUGUCAAAGACACAUGGGACACACGAAUAGCCAAACUCCGGCUCUCUGCUGACAGCUUUGUGAGAGAACAGGAGGCUCAUGCAAAGGUAUGAACGGGUACUGUGUCCUAUAUUCUAACCUGUGGGUGAAAUGUGGUCUUUUUAUAAAUGUACCUUUUUGAAUAUGUCCAAAUAUUCUAAUACUGCAUUUCUAAACAAAGCGAUGGAUAAAGUAUGUCAAUAGUUUAAAAUAUUUAACAGAUACUCACCAUGAAAAUGACAGUUGAUUCAGCUAGACACUAUGAACAUGUUCAGUAUCUCUGCUCACAUUGUGAAAUGCAGAGCUAGUUCUUGUUGUGCUUUAAAAUAAGCAAUGAAAACAUUGUUUUAAUUGUUUAAAUGUUAGUUAUAGAUACAUCUGCUAGAUUAAUGACAAGAUUUUCUUUUAACAGAGCAAAAUACAAUGGAGAUUAGUUUUACAGUUGGACAAAACUAAACACAUUUUCUUAUUGUUAAAUCCCUUGUGCAGCUUACUCAGCUAAAAACAGUGGCCAGUUUUAGCUGCUCUGUGAUUAAACCCAUUUUACUGUCCCUCUACUGUUACAAAAAAAAAAAAAAAAAUAUUCUUUCUUCUUGUUUGCCAGCUGGAUAACCUGACGUUGAUGGAAAUUAACACCAUCGGAACUUUUUUAACCGAAUCUUUAAACCACAUGUACAAACUGCGAACCAACCUGCAGGCGCCUGAGGAAGGACAAUCCCAAGAUUACUAACACAACUGCUGGGUCCAGUUUCUGCCUAAUUCAAAAGGGAGCCUAACAUUUUCAUGCCUUUUGAUUUCAUUGGAUGAAAUCCAGCUAUUCAGUGCCAAGGCUUCCUUUUUUUUGUGUCAUGCUUAAAUGUCAUCUACGCUGAUGACUGAGGAUUGUGUGGUUUAUGUGCACGUUGUAAUAGUCACUGAUAUAUUGUAAAAACUCCUCAAUCUCACCUCUUCCAUUCUUACCUCUUCUUGUGAGACUUUUUAUGGAAAAUAUCUUCCAAGUUUUAUCUGCUUGAUCUGAUUGCUGGGAGAAAGUGGUAUAAAUAAAACCAAAAUACUGUUGUACACCUUUAUGAGAAAAUGGCAAUAAUGGUGACAGACCUGGAUUAAAUGUUCCCUGAAAAGAAUAUGUGGACUGGCGUCCUCUGCACAGUCAUGUAAUGACGUUCGUGUCCUUUUUCCAUACUAUGAAAUGUUCUGUUUGCUAUCGCUGCAAUGUCUGGUAAAAAUAUUCAGACCCGGACUUUGUAUAGAUCUUGUGAUUUUGGGGAAACCAUUUGUCUUCAAUUUUUUCUGAUCUGUACUGGCACCAUUAAUUAGGUUUUUUUUUUUUUUUUCUUGUCUUUAACACAAAUUGUAAUGAUUGCGAGAUUUAUUUAACUAUUAUGCUCUGUGUAUCGUUCUGCAUCAUCCAGUUCUGUAAUUUUGCCAGUGGCCGUGGUGCCAUUGAACAAUGGUUCAGGAGUUAUGUUGUUUUGCUUUUGGUCUGGGGAAUACUUAAUCAAUGAAUGCUGUAAGUAUGUAUUAAUUCACUUUUUCACCAAAACACUACACAGAAACAAAUUCAUUCUCAAGAGUUAGUAUUGCUCUCCUUCUCUUAACAAUGUUUUACCUUCUGUCUAUACACCAAAAUGUUAUUUUUACAAUUUGUCAAAAUGCUAUUACCUGACUUGUGGGGUUUAUACUAUUAGCCUAAAUGUUGCCCUUUUCAGUUCCCUGCAGUUUGGUGUUUAGUGAAUUAGCUUCAUAGGUUUGGUUUGUUCCCAGGCAGUGUGUAUGCAUAGUGACGGUCCACACUGUGAUUAACUGCAAAUGAACUUUUGUUUUGGAUUGAAUACUUUAUUUUUUUUCAAUGAGUCAGAAUCCAGCUAGCAUUCUAGUCAUCGGCUAAAAAAAAACAUCUUUACAAACACAAGCAUUUACAUAAAAUGCACACUUAUCUUAUGAAGUGGGUAAAACAGAGAGCCAGGCCAUGGAAAAACAUUGCUAAAUAGAAGUAUUUCGAUAAAGAACGCAAUCUUUGAUCUUUGUUGCUGGUUUGUCUCUUCAUACAAUGCAAGUAGUUACAGUUCUUCUUCCCUGAGUGCAAAUAUAAAUGUAGAAACAUUUCAGCAAUCCGCUCGGGAUUUCAUGGAUAAAGCUCAACUUUGUGGCAGCACUCUGUGUGCUUGCUGUAUAAGACCAGUGUUUGGUGCCCUCUAGUGCAAUGUUAAAGCCAUAACUUUGAAUAUGAAAUGACUGACAGGAACAUGUUUCAGAAGAUUGAGGCUCGGACUUGUCAGCCACCUGCUUAUGUAAUGUGGUAUUAAAUUUUCAUCCACCUCCUCGGGUACACCUCUAACUCGUAGGUUACAUUGCCACUUAAAGUCCACUAGUGCUAAUGCAAUGUGGUAUUGUAUGAGUUUACAUCCAUCUGCAUUGGGUCACCUCUAGCUCAUAAGGCUGUUUUCCUUCACUUAAACACAAUAUAAUGUGUAAUUUAAUCAAAGUCUCCCAGAAACUCAGGUCAUACACAUCUUCUACCGUCUGUGGCUAGCUCCGCUCCCUGUUUUAAUACCAAAUAAGAUUCCUUAGCAGCCCGUCCCUCUGUUCUGCUUUGGUGAUCAGGAAGCAUUAGCCUAAGCAGAAAUGGGCAGCUGUGAUUGGUUUAGAGUGUCAGCUGACUGCUAUCUGUCUUUUUCAUGAUACCCAUUGCUGGUAUGAAUUGGUAUGACUAGUGGGAAGUGUGUACUCUCUGCCUUUGUCAUACCUCAAGUUGGGGUUAGGCUGUGUGGGGCCAAGGACCUUUAUUUAGUGUUGAACAGCUUGAAAAUGGUUUAACACUGAAUGACCAGACACCAUCAGGAGACUCUAAGCACUAUAACCAAUUAAAUGAGAAGAAACGGUUAUAGUACUUAGUGUCCCUUUUAGGGUCUGUAGCCUUGGAAGUUUUUAAGGAAAUGUUCUAGAUGCCUUACAUUUGUAUUGCAUACUAAAAUCCAUUUUACAAAUAUUGAUUUUAUAGUAAUUGUUUGUAAUUUGGCCUUUCAACCAAGAAUAUCUGUGGCACCUUCUGCAGUAUGACUAAUAGUGAUGAAGAUUAUAUAAAGUACAUUCCACCACAUUAGGCAGUUUGAGAUUUGGUCAAAAACAACGGGAUUACCAAGGACGCAUUGGCUCCUUUGUACAGCAAGGUAACUUAAUUAUUCUUCAAGGUUUUCUAGAAUUGUAUCCUUCAAAGCUUCCGUACAAACAUAAUUUCACUUCUGCUCUUUAGUCUACUCUAUUUGGUGCACAACGACCAGAUACAACAUUGCAUUUUCUGUGUAUAAAACAAUGAAUGCUUUAACCAUUUCAGAGCUGACAGAGUACUCAUGCUUUAAUUUUCAUAGUUGAUACUGUAAUUUUUCUUGCUGUCUGUCAGAUCAUCAAAAGGGCUUCCCAGACAAUUUGUAGCAUUUAUAUUCUGUAAUCUAAAAGUCAAUAUGUCAUAUAGCACAGCUAAGAUUGUGUAUGUGCUUUCACUCCGUCAGAAUAUUGUUAGAUGUUGGGCAGUUUCAAAAGUUUGUUCAGGUUUAGACGAGAGGCAUGCCUUCUUUGCCCCCGAUGCAUCCUAUUCCUGGCAUAUGGGGAGUUAAGGUGUUUUACCAGGGCAGCUCCUACAGUUUUAUCAUUCACCAAGUUUGAUACAUUAUUUAUAAUGCUGUACACUUUAAUCAUUGGAGGUAUAUGCUGAUAACCGCAAAUUAAACACAAAGGAAGUGUCAAAAAUACAGUAUUUGAAGCACUGCAUGGUACUCUCCUGCAAAAAAUCUUUUAAAGGAACACUAUAGUCACCUAAAUUACUUUAGCUAAAUAAAGCAGUUUUAGUGUAUAGAUCAUUCCCCUGCAAUUUCACUGCUCAAUUCACUGUCAUUUAGGAGUUAAAUCACUUUGUUUCUGUUUAUGCAGCCCUAGCCACACCUCCCCUGGCUAUGAUUGACAGAGUCUGCAUGAAAAAAAACUGGUUUCACUUUCAAACAGAUGUAAUU